CCCUACGUAGGGGGGGCGAUCUCUCUGGCUGGCUGGGUGUAGAAUAUGGCCGACGAAAUGCUGGACAUCAUCUGGGAGCUGGAGGAGGGGCCAGAUCCCCAGCUAGAAUCCUGCAUCGAUUGGACGAGGGCACAUGGCAUGAUGUCUACCUGUUAUGCCCUCUUCGUUGAGGGCCGUAACCUGCACUAUAAGCUACAGGAGCGGUUGAUGGGCGAUGACGACAUGGAGGAUGAGAACUGGCAAAAGAAUGGAGCGCAGGAAGACAAGGGUAACUCUGGUGUCGACACCGACAACAACAACAACAACAAUAUUAACAACAACAACGACUACAACAACAACAAUGACAACGACAACAACAACGGGCUUAGCGAUAACAACAAUGACAACAACAACAUCAGCAACAACAACGACUUCAACAACAACAACAACGGUCACAGCGACAACGAUGUCAGCAUCAACAACAACAACAACAACGUCAACAAUUACAUCAACAACAACAAGGACUACAACGGCAGCGAUGACCACGGCAGCAGCGAUGCGGUGGGAAUUGGGGCAGAUAACAACAACAUCGACGAUGGGUAUAAUAACAACAACAACUGCUAUGAUGGUGGCAGUGGUGACGGCGGUGGCAGCGAUGAUGGCGAUAGAGAUGUGAGGAUUGGGGAUGAUAAUAGUGAUGGGGAUGACAACAACAACAGAGAUGGGGAUGAUAACAACAACAACUACGAGGAUGGCGGCAACGACGACGGCGGUGGAAGCGGCGACGACGGCGGCAGCAACGACCACGGGAGCAGCAGGGCAGAGAGCAUCAGCAUGACGGGAAAGAAGCCCCUUGCUGACGUGGUGGGGAGUGGAGUAGACACGGAUAAGAGGGUUAUAUGCGGAGUGAUGUGCCUGGCGAGAUGGGGCUUGGGGCUGAAGGAUCAAUCUGCCGCUCCCCCCCCCCCUUCUAUCUGCUGUUUCUACAUGGUGACUCGUUCUUCUCUGUCGGUCAUCGGGUGGGAGUAGGAUAGAUGCCCACCUCCCCUUUUUUUGAUUAGAGCUGACCGACCCUCAAACUCUAACCAUGAAGGGAUGUUGAUCGCCCCCAAGGGGAUGUUGGGUGCUUAGUGUCUUGAGUUUUGCUUUGUUUCCCCUCCUGGGGUGAUCGAUGCCGAUGGUUUUAUAGAAAGGAUAAUACUUCAUGGGCACGAGGUCAAUCCUUCCCUGUCGACGGGAAGUAACCAAUGCCUCUGCUCAUCUUGGAAAUAUUCGGACAGAUAAAAUCAUUGAUGAAGU